CAUGGAAGUGUCAGAGUGUCAACAACGGACAGGCAGCAGCAGCAGCAGCAGCGCGGCAGCACUGUCCGGAGCAGGGAGGGGGGAGUCAAGAGGCUGUUUAAUCGUCGACAUACUUGUCUGAGAUGGGGGAUGAUCGACCUUUUGUAUGCACUGCCCCUGGAUGUGGGCAGAGAUUCACAAAUGAAGACCACCUGUCAGUUCACAAACACAAGCAUGAAAUGACAUUAAAAUUUGGCCCUGCCAGAACAGACUCUGUUAUCAUUGCAGAUCAGACCCCUACACCCACACGUUUCCUUAAGAAUUGUGAGGAGGUUGGUCUGUUCAAUGAGCUGGCCACCUCCUUUGAACAGGAGUUUAACAAAGCACACGAUGACGAGCAAAAGACAAAACACCCGGCUGCACCUUUACAAACACCAUCUGAAGUAAAAGAUGAGGAUGAGGGGCCUUUACAAGUCGAUUCCUCCUCUCCUGGAAGUCCAGAUUCGUCAUCCAGCAUGUCAGAUGACAGCAUGGACUCAAGGGUGAGAGGCAAGGAGAUCCCAGCAAAGCCCGUGGCAAGCUCUGCUCCAACUCCAACCAUUGUGCGUCCAGUUUCUCUUCCCCUUCACCUGAGUAAUGACUCACUUCAUCCAACUCUGCCUUCUCCAACAUCUGUCAUCACGCAAGCUCCACCCUCCAACAGACAGCUCGGUUCCCCAACAAGCUCUUAUCCACUGGUGAGGCACCUCCCUAAUGGCCAGACAGUCCCUCUUCUUCCUAGUCCUGUGCAGAUGACCUCAGUCAUAUCUCUUGCAAGGCCAUUGAACUCAGUGCCUAACAUCCCUGGAAUACCAGGACCUCCAUUGGGCGGGGCCAGCAGCGGGUCAUCCUCGCCGUCUGGGUAUAGUCUGCACUCUGAGACAAAGAUGCGACUGAAGGCAGCUCUGACUCAUCAGGGCCCAGGAGCACAAGAUGGGGCUGGUGGGGGGGCAGGAUCCAUCCCUGCUGUCCCCCAGCGGCAAGAACACAGCCAGCAGUUCUCUCAAAACGCUGAUGCACCAUCACCUGCCCAACCCCAGGUGUCCCCAGCUCAGCCGACAGGAGGCAGGCGGCGGCGAGCGACAGAGAUGGAUCCGGAUGAAAGGAGGCAGCGUUUUCUUGAGAGAAACCGUGCAGCCGCCUCACGCUGCAGGCAGAAACGAAAGGUCUGGGUAAACUCUUUGGAAAAGAAGGCUGACGAUCUCGCCAACAUGAAUGUCUCCCUUUCAAAUGAAGUCUCCCUGCUGAGGAAUGAGGUGGCACAGUUAAAACAGCUCCUCCUGGCCCACAAAGACUGCCCUGUGACUAUCAUGCAGAAAAAGGCAGCUUUCUUAGCUGCAGGAGGAGAAGAAACCUCCAGGGAUGCUCCCACCGAACCCACCGGCUCCCCAGCUGCAGUCAUUCAGCACGGGCCGACACCCCCUGCCUCCGCCCCCAGUCCAGGGGCCACCAUCAACGGCAUGAGUGUCCGUGCUGCAGAGGCAGUCGCUAUGUCGGUCUUGGCCGGCAUGGGAUCUGGCCAGCCAGGAGGGAUUGUCAUGGUAACACAGCCACAGUCGACUUCGAGAUGAUGUGCUGAUGCAGGUGGAAAGUGUGAACUUGAGUGACCAGACUGGUGCAAAGUGAUUGAAAAGAGGAACCCACCCCAGACUAAGAUUCCCUCCUCCCAUACACAGGCAGUGAUAAUCACACACAGACACUGCACAGUGCCUCCGUCAACCCUCCAGUCCGCCAGGCUCCCUGCCCAGAGAAUCUUAGUCACUCUGUAUGUACAUAUGAAUUACACAGCGGAAAACAACUCUGCAGGCUCUGGGGUCAUUUCUUGUUAAGUUAUGACGGUUGAGAAAUGUUUUUCAAGGUAUGAUACGUAUGAAUGGAAAAUCUUAGUCAGAUUUAUCCGAUUUAUUUUCAUUUCACCUGAAAAUGCAGCUUCAGUCCGACUUUUUCCCACACGCUGGCUGUGAUGAGGUUUGUUGCUUUCCAGGCUGACAAUUUUAUUUGUAUUUUGCAGUUGUAAAAAAAAAUGUCAUGCCUGAUACUGGUCGUUCACGUAAUGUUCUGCUGAUGUAGUGAAAGUAUAGUGAGAGAUUGGUUCGGAAGAUUGCAGUAAAAAGCCACCUGGAAACCGUUUCUAAUGCAUCUUUUUUUGCUUAUUUUUCAAACUGUCCUUUAGUUUUCUCACAUGACGGCUUGGUCAGCUGAGUGUUUUAACAAACCAAAUUCUAGAUAUGUGCACAGUUUACCCUGUGAGUUUGUGCCUGACUUUUUUACCACCAUUUUUUAAGCCAUUUGGAGUGGAUGUCAUUACAUUAAUCAUGUAUGUAUAGAACCCUAUUGACUGCAUGGAUUACUCAAGGCUGAAAUAUACCACUGUGUGUUCGUGCUUCAUCAUACUAUCACUGUUUAUUGAUCUGCUUUCCUCCUGUUUUAGAACAUGAAAUUAUAAAUGCAAGAAUUGUCCUUGUUCUGUAAGGAUUCCAUCCUCAGUCCUAAUGUAAAACACUUGAAAUGAUUAGCUUGAGAAGGCUUUUAAAUGAUAAUCAAACAUACGAGAUUUGAAAUCCUUUACCCUGGUAUUUACGUUGAGGAAAUAGUAGUGCAAUAUAUUUUUCUCUGUUUCUGAAUUUCAAUGUUCUUGCAUUUAGCUGAUGUGUAGCCCGGAGAUGAGAGCGGUUUGGUCUGUUUAAGUCGAAAGCUAAAGUUAUGUGGAGACCAGAGAAAUGUGAAGAGAAUUCUUGAAUGAAUUAAAGAUCAGUGAUUAGUGCACAUCUGUAUAAAAUACCAGAUGUCCUAGUCUUGGGUGCUUUCCAACAUUUGAAAAGCUGUCUUGUUUCAUGAAGUAGACUUGUGUAAGGUGCUUCUUUUAAAAUUGGAGUUUUUAAACUGCACAUUAUUUUUACCGCAUUGUACUUUCAAUACUAUCGUGUUGUUUUUUUCCCUUUGUCACUUUGUGUUUUUUUUUUGUUUUUUUUUUAAAUAACGUGGUCGUUCUAAGAUGUUAUUUUGUCUCUUUGUGCAUGUAAGGAUUGUUUCUCCAUCAUGUGACAGUAUGUCCUUUUGAUUUUGUUUUCGAGAAAAGGUAUCUCUUUACUUUUCUGAGGAGAUUUAACCACAUGACAAAAAUGUAUCGAAGAUCACUGUACGGAGUGUUUGUCAAAAACUCAGGCUUCAAGAUGGUAAAAAAAACUACUUGUGUAUUGUCUCAACUAAUGGAUACGUUGUGUCUUGGGCAAAUAAUAAAGUAAAUUAAUGUAAAAGAAAA